AUGGAUGAUACUCUAUGUGGAAAAAUUGAUUAUAUGAGGAAAUAUUUACCUGAUAAAUUAAGUGAAGAUUCAACACUCGAUUUUUAUCAAAUUGAGAAUAUUAAUAAAUACUGCCCUGAUGAAAACUGCAAUACUGAACUCGAUAAAAUUACGGCUGGAUUUUUAUGGUUACUUGGACAAUAUUUUACUAUAUCCACAAAUAGAAGUUAUAAUGAAAGUAGUACUAAUGCAUUUUUUAUAUAUAUUAUUUCAUGGUUUAGUUACAAAUUAAAUCAAAACUCAGAGCACAAUUCCACCCAAAUAAGCGAUUUUUAUACUAAACGUAUAAAAAAUAGUGAUAAAUAUAGUAGUUUUACAAAUGAUGCCUAUAAAUUUACAGAUAUUAAGGAAGUCUUAAAUAAAAAAAGUGAUUUGUUGAAUAUUAAUAUUAAAGAUAUGUCUGAAUUUUAUGAUGCAUUCAAAUUAUUAUGUAAUAUAUAUGGUAAUGUUACAACGCGUAAAGAUAAUAACACACUGUCAAAUAGUGCUACUAGUUUUGUUAACAAAUAUACAGAGCUUAACAAUGACAGUAAAAUUGAAGGUACCGCACGUAGUAAAAUAUUGUCUGCUUUAUCAACUGACUAUAAUAAAUUAAAAAGUAAAUAUAAUGGUUUUCCAUCCAUUCCAGAGACAUCAGCAAACAGUUUUGCACUAACAUCUGAAGAUACAUCAAGUUCGUCGAUAGGAAAGAGAUUAUUUACAAUUUUAUCGAUAUUUGGUGCAAUAGCAUUUUUUUUAGGAAUUUUUUAUAAGUAUUCAUUAUUUGGAUUUCGGAAACGAUUUCAAAAACAAAAAUUAAGAGAAAAAAUAAAAAAUAUAAAGAAGAAAAUGAAUCAUUAA